AUGGAAGUAUACUCAGCAGUAGGCCUGAGAGACUUGUUCUCAAACCCAAACAAGGCCUGGAUUGUACUAGCAACGCAGUCUCCUCAUAGACCAAUGAUAAUGAAGAAUCAUAUGGGAGUAACGAAUCUGCUAACAAUGGCCUCAGGGUUCGAAGAAGAUCUCAACAAGGAUGAUUAUCCAACAAGAGGAGACUAUUCAGUGGCAACAGCUGAAAAUAAAGCUAGGAUAGUGGCAAAAACUAUAUUUACAGCUAAUGACCAAGAAUCUAAGAAGAAAGUGAGAGAACUUUUAAGUAAUCCAUUUGGAGAAAUGCACAAGGAUUUCGACGUAGAUAAGAUACAAGUGGUAAUUGGAGCAGAUACAAUAGCAGAUAUGAAUGGAACAAUUUAUGAAAAACCAGUGGAUAGAGAAGAUGCAAGGAGGCAACUCAGUUCAUAUGUAGAAUCAUACCAUUAUAUCUAUACUGGAGUCGCAAUGUUUGCAAGAGGUAGAGGAUAUGAAGUUCCAGAAAAAAAGUUUUAUACCACAACAAGAGUUAAGUAUCAAAGGUUAUCAAAGGAAGAUAUAGAGGCACUUUUAGAUACAAGAGAACAUGAAGGCUCAGCAGGAUCAUAUCGGAUAACAGGAUUGGGGGAAUCAUUAAUUGAGGAAGUUGUAGGUUCAUAUACUAAUGUUAUUGGACUUCCUGCACAAUGUGUAUCAUCAGCACUAUGCGACUUGGCAAAAUCAUAUAAAAUGUUUAAUUUUUAAUUAAAACUUUAAUAUAAUGUAA